AUGAGAAGCCUUGUGGUUUUUGUGUCUGUCGUGGCCAUGAUUUUCUUUGCCGAACACGGUUGUUCAGAUUCUUGCACGUGUCCGGAUAUCCGAAGUAUUUUUUAUACGUGGAGCAAUAACUCAAUAUUGUACUCGGAAGGACCUGGAUGCAUUAGAAACUUGACCUGCUCAACAGAUACUUGCAUUCUCAAUUAUUAUUAUCUUUGCAGUGGAGUUAUGAACUGGAACACCUGAAAUUCGAUUUUUAGACACUUUACGCCGGUCCUAGUAAUGUUGUGUUAGAUCUUUUCAACUUCUAUGGGAUAGUUUGCGAGGAUGGUCAAUGGUACGCUACCAAGUAUCCAUACGGAAUUUCCUACUUUGCCAUAACUGUGACAUGGUACACGAUGGAUGAAACAGUGGAAGGGCUCCUCCACAUUGUGGACAUGUAUGAUUCGAAGAUGGUCACCAAGAACAGCGAGGAUUUCCUGAUCAGAACAAGAGGCUCCAAGAUGACACUGAAGAAGAAAAUGCAGAUGGCUGAUCGCUAUAAAUUGGAGAACUUGAAUGUUUAG